CCGCGUAAUUUGUAAACGAGAGCUUAGUCACGUAGACGAUCCGCAUAAAUAGGCGUCUCUGGUCUACGACUUGUUUAACUUCCACUGUCUUUUGACAAAAAUGAAUGGAUCAGCACUGUGUAUAGUGUGCGUUGUGCUAUGUACGUGUAUCAUUAACAUAAAUUCGUUCCUGCUGCCUAAAGAGGGAGGAACAAUUUCCAAACGGUGCAUGCCAGGUCCAAAUGGAAUAUGCGUUACUGCACGGGACCCUCCCCAUUGCGAUCAUCCAAACUGUAUAAAUGGCGGAUGUGUUGGAUGGAAGGGUGCAUGUGCCGGUAUAUGUUAUUGUUACGGGCAAUCGCUUAUGAUCACUUGUCCAGUUAUAUAUUUAGUUAAAAUAGCAUUUCUUCACAGAGAAGGCAUCUUGUUUGGUAGAGCACUGAUACGGCUGUCUGUGGAUUCAGGGAAGUGUAAGAUAGGUUGGUAUGUUCCAUACUACUUUUGAACUACUUUUGAACUAUCUCGGAUUUAAAGGUACACUACUAACCAUAUGACAUAAAAAUACUGUCAAAAUUUCUGCGUGUACAUUGCCAUAGGAAUAAAAAUAAGAUGACAGCAACUUUUACUCAGCAAUAUUUCCAAACAUAACAGUGUAAUUGGUUACAUAGGUACUGUUCUACACAACAGUUUGUUAAAAAGACAUGGGUGGUCAUUUUGUAACUUUACACAUACAUUUAAUACAUUUACAUGUACAUGCUAAAUAUAUUUUUUAAACCUCCCAGUUUAAAAAAUACAUUUGCUAUGCUCUGUUACAUCCUGUUUAUGAAUAAAUUAACAACAAAUGUGAAAGUCGAUAUUUUGUAUGUGAUAUGGUUUGUAUUUUAUCAUUAAAAGGCUUUGUUCUAAAUCGUUAUAUUAUCUUCAAUCUUUGGGAUUGAAGUACCUGGAAUGUAUCGCUAUUGUUUUGAGUAAACUGUCCAUUAACAAAUGUUUUCUUUAUUUUCUUGAAAGGAACUAUUUUACAUUUUAUCAGGCCUGCAGAAUUAAUGAAACAUACAGAAAUGUUUUACGAGAAAAACGUAUAGUUAUUGUAUGUAUAAUUAAGAUAUAUGUGAAGAAGUAUAAGCAUGGCGUUUUUAAGUUU